AUGGCGUCCCUGAAGGCCGUCAAGCCCGCCGUACUUGCAGGGCAGGCCAAGGAGCCUGCCAAGCUCAGUGCCACGGCGUCCAAGCCAGCAGCCACCAAGGAGCCAGCAAAGCUCAGUGCCACGGCGACCAAGCCAGUAGCCGCCAAGGGUGGCGUCAAGAAGGCUGACUCGAAGCCCAGGGAGACUAAGAAGAGGCAGGUGAAGAGCAGCAAGCCAGCAGCAGCAAAAAACUGAAAACGGCAGCAGGAGAAAUGGAGCUUGCAUGGAGAUCUCCAUCAUGCUAUGAAUUAUAUAUGAAUCCCAUCUUUCCCUUCCUCUGUCUCCCACGAUGUCGAUCAUGCCUAGACAGGCGUCGACGGUGUGUGCUCAAUCCCGUGUGACGAAUAUUACAAAUAAGAAGUAUAGUUCUACCA